GGCGCAGUGCGGUCCAUGUGUAGCAGUGUCGCUGCCGCCGCCGCGAUGCCCAAGAGCCGGAGCCAGAGCCGGGCCACCGCCGCCGCCCACACCCAGGCUCAGGCCCUGCACCGGGACUGUGGCCUGGCCCAGCACAUCCUGCAGGCCGACGCCGUCAGGCCGCUCGGCCGCCAGAAGCUGCGGCACAGCGGGCGCGGCGAGGCGGAGGACGAGGAGUACGUGGAGCCGAGGCUCAGCCGCCGCAUCCUACAGCAGGCCCGCGCCCAGCAGCGGCAGCUCCUCGCAGAGCAGCGGCCCCGGGACAACAGCCAUGGGGCAGCCGGGGAUGAGGCAGCCGGGGCCGGCCCGGGCCCCGACAGCGGCACCAAGACCACCCUGCUCGGCUCGGCUUCGAAGGGUGGAGAUUCUGACUCUGAUUUGGAGGAUGAGUGGCCCUCGCUGGAGAUAUCCGCGGAGAUCGCUCGGGAAAGUGGCUGUAAGGAGGUCCCUGUCGACCCGGAGGAUGACAAGGCCAUCAAUAUGUUCAUGAACAAAAACCCUCCACUCAGGCGGACACUUGCGGACAUCAUCAUGGAGAGGAUCACGGAGAAGCAGACGGAGGUGGAGUCGGCCAUGUCCGAAACCUCGGGCCGCCCCAUGCCGCAGCUGGACCCCAGGGUGCUGGAGGUGUACAAGGGUGUCCGAGAGGUGCUGUGCAAGUAUCGAAGUGGGAAGCUGCCGAAAGCAUUUAAGAUCGUGCCCGCGCUGUCGUACUGGGAGCAGGUCCUGUACCUGACGGAGCCCGAGAGCUGGACUGCGGCGGCAAUGUUCCAGGCCACCAGGAUCUUCUCGGCUAACCUGAAGGCCAAGAUGGCCCAGAGAUUCUACAACCUGGUCCUCCUGCCGCGAGUGAGAGAUGACAUCGUGGAGUACAAGCGGCUGAACUUUCACCUCUACAUGGCGCUGAAGAAAGCACUUUUCAAGCCCGGUGCUUGGUUCAAGGGGAUUCUCCUUCCGCUGUGUGAAUCGGGGACGUGUACCCUGAGAGAGGCCAUCAUCAUCGGCAGCAUCCUCACCAAGUGCUCCAUACCUGUCCUACACACCAGUGCGGCCAUGUUGAAGAUCGCUGAGAUGGAGUACAACGGGGCCAACAGCAUCUUCCUGCGCCUGAUGAUCGACAAGAAGUACGCGCUGCCGUUCCGCGUGCUCGACGCGCUGGUCUUCCACUUCCUGCGUUUCAGGGCCGACAAGCGCUGCCUGCCGGUGCUGUGGCACCAGUCGCUGCUCACCUUCGCCCAGCGCUACAAGGAGGACCUGUCCGCCGAGCAGAAGGACUCGCUGGUGGAGCUGCUGAGAUCUCACUUCCACCACAGCAUCUCGCCCAAGAUCAGACGUGAGCUGCUCAACUCCAAGUCGCGGGACGUGGAGACGGGAAUGGCCAUGGAGUGAUGCCCCCGCUCAUCUCCCCUCCCUCCCCCCCCCAUCCCACUGUCUCCACACUCUGGAAAGGAGAAUAAAUAUCAUACGGACAUACAUGGUAGGCCAUUCGGCCCAUCGAGUCUACUCCAGCUGAAAAAAUAUCCUGGCAAUUUUCUCAUUAUAUUUGCUGUUACUUUUUCCAGUGUCUCCUAAUACCAUGGCAUAGGGGAUAGUAGAAUUAGGCCAUUCGACCCAUCAAGUCUACUUUGGCCAUUCAACACUCUCUCCCUCCUAACCCCAUUCUCCUGCCUUCUCCCCAUGACCCCUGACACCCGUACUGAUCAAGAAUCGAUCUAUCUCUGCCGUAAAAAUAUCCACUGGCUUGGCCUUAUCAUUACAAUGUCGCGAUUUGAAGUGAGACGUUUAGACUGUAUUUCCAUUUGAUUUGGAGAUAAAUAAUAUGCUGCUUGUUAUUGUUAA